AGCCAGCUGGUCCAGUCAAAAGUCACUGCCACUCUUCUGAUCCCAGUGUUAUCAGGGGCAUCCGAUUCUGCUAUUGCCCCAGUCAUCGCACUGCUGCCAUGUACACCAUAACCAGAGGGCCCAGCAAGCUAACCACCCAGAGGAGAACAGGCCCCAAGCAGCAGAUUGACAGCAAACUGCAAGAACUGAAGAACAAGCAGCAGCUUCUCAUCCCCAAUACACCUAACGGCUGGGACUCCCCUCCAAGUGCACCUCCAAAACUCGUAUUUAACCGUGUAAAUGGUAAGAGGACGCAGACGCCAGGCACUGAACUAGAAAGAGAGGUGUACACGAUGGCACACGAAGAGAACGUCAGAUUCAUACACCAAGCUUGGCAAGACGUAAAACAUCAGAUGGAGGAGCCACAGCAGAACGAAUGUACCCCCCAGCAAUAUCAAGAUCAGAGCCCCGACACCCCUCUUAAAAACUUCGUUCCUAUAGAUCUCGAUGAGUGGUGGGCAGAACGCUUCUUAGCCAACAUUGAGAACUGCGCUUGAGAGCCAUGUUUUUUUUUCCUGUAGUGGGAUACGCAAAAGCUCGUCCCCCCCUAUAGGAUAAUUGUGGUCGUUGUUCACAGACUCAUUGCACUUUUUUCCCCCUAGCGGGAAGGCUAAGCUGUGCUCAGAAGAAGAAGGCACUACAGAGACAUUUACCCCUCUCCUGGUGCUGCUGAGGAUUCCUCCUGUCUGAAUAAGCAGAUGAGGACACAGAACCCUUUAUGUGCUGGCAUAGAAUCAGCAGCGGCAAUUUUCCGUCUCAGGAGCCUGGAUUUCUAUUGGAUGACUGACAUUGCACAGCAUGACAUGGUACUGGUUACCAUUAUGGAAGCCCAAGUAAAAUAUGGCACUCUGAUUUUCCAACCAAUAGGGAUGGAUUUUGUACCAUUAACAGCAGAAAACUCUGCCUUUAUACAAUGGACUCCAGAGCACUAAGCAGCAGUGAUGCAGGGGUGCAUCGCUUGGUACCAAAACUAUUGUACCCACAUGUGGCACUGCUCCAGUCUAUUCCCAGAUGCAGAGAUCCAUCUUUCUAACUCAGAGUCUGUGCCACAGCCUACCCCAUAAUGCCCAUGUCAGGUAGUUUUUUUGAGUGAGAAGAAAUUAAAUACGAAUGUCAAACAACAUGGCCCCAAAAUGAAGUCCAGGGAAACUCUCCUUCCGUCCCCCCUUUUUUAUGGGAGGGUUCUGUACAGAGUGGGAAAUGUCUAUUUUUCUAAAUAAAGUUGGUUUUUGCCUCACAGUCAGGCAGAAGAGUA